AGAGCAAAAAGCUCAGUCACGUGAUUUUAAUAUUAUACAUAAAUGAAGUAGUAUAUUGUGUUUCAUGUAAUAACGCUUUUGUUACUUGGAAUUUGUGAUAUCUUUUUUUAAAAUAUUUGAUUAAUCAGACUUUAAAUGAUUGCUGAUAAAAAUUGUAGUAUGGAAGCUGUUACUCUAGCGUAUGAUCUAUUCGAACAAAAUGAUGUUCGGCAAGAUGCAAAUCCUAUCAUACUUAUUCAUGGCAUUUUUUGGAAUAAGUUCAUGAUGAAGGAAUUGGGAAGAGCUUUAAGCAAGGAGACAAAAAGAAAGGUAUACACACUCGACCUGAGGAAUCACAAUGAAAGUCCUUCCUGUAAAAAGUGUGAUAUGGUUUUAAUGACAGAAGACAUAAAGAAAUUCUUCAGAGAUCACAACAUUAAAACAGCUACAUUUAUUUGCCAUAGUUUUUCAUCUCCCAUUGCAUACCUAAUAGCUCUCGAGCAACCACAAUUGGUAGAAAAAAUGGUUAUGAUAGACCACGGACCUUACGUUGAGUUGAGUGAAAAAAAUCGCCUGGAAAAUGUCUUGUCGCAGUAUAAUGCACAGAAUAGAUUUCUGAGGUCCCUUGAUCCAAAACUUACCUUGGCGGAUGCUAAAAAGAAAAUUCUAAGCAUAGCCGCCAUGCCAUCAGCCACAAAAGCGCAAGAAUUGUUUCUGAAGAAAGUUGCUUACGACCUCCUAAAAGAAGGCCAAAAGUUCAAAUGGAAAACAGACAUAGACUUCGUGAUGGAAAAAUACACCGACAUGGCAUUUGUUGUAAAGGCUAAAGGACGUUGCGAACAUGAAAUUCUUAUUGUUAGAUGUUCAAAUUCUGUUCGAGUUAGUGAUGAGAAGUUUGUUGGCAUAUUGAAGCAGAAUCCAAACGCUAAACUAGAAACAAUUGAUGAUACGACACAUUUGCUAAUGUUGGAAAAGAUGGAUAUUUUUGUGGAAAUUGUAAAAAAAUUCUUGGAUUCAUAGUUCAAACAUUUAUUACUUAUUUGACUUAAAACUUCGUUUCAAAAAUAUACAAAAUGGAAAUAACAGUUGACAUGUUUCAAG